UAUAGUUUACUUUACUUAAAACACUUGUUAAAUAAGAGUUUUUUUUUGAGUUGUUUUUACAUCAGGAGUGGGAUAGUGCCCAGUCAAAUCUUAUCAGUGUCGUAGAUAAAAAAAAAAUGGAAAGCAGCUCGGAUUGGGAAGAAUCUGAACCUGGUGUUAGGAGAUUUAGGAGUGAUUUUCCUGAAACAGCUAGAGAUAACGUUACCUUGAAACGACAUUCGAGUGUGACGGCUGGUCUUCCACUAGGCACCCUCUUACUGCCACUUGUAAUACCAAGUCUUCUUCUGGCAAUGGUUGUUGGCUGUACACGAAUUGCUGUACGACAACGCCUUAAAGGAAUACUGGAUCCUGCCGUGCAUAAAAAACUAUCCCAUGCAUUUCUGGUGGUGACUUUUUGGAGUCGAGCUAAACUUUUUUGUAUAGAAGCUUCACUAGUGCCAAAUCUUAUGUGGCAAUCCUGCAUAAGUUUUAACAGUGCUUCAAAUGAUGAUGACUCAGUGUUAUUGAAAGGCGUUUGACUUAUAGAUAUAGGGUAAUUUCAUUGUUAUUACUACUUUCAUUAUGUAGUUCUACAUAAGAAUGCUGUUCACAUAAAUCAGUUUUUGAUACCGAAGUGGAUACCUGCAUUUGUUGCGAACUAAUAAGAGGUCUGUAAAAUUCUCGCCCUUUAGCCUUUUCACCCAA